AUGGAGCCCAUCACAGUCUACUACUCCGGCGAGGCCUUCAAUCCAUGGAAGGUCGUCCAGAUUCUCGAAGAGCUCAGCCUGCCCUACACGCUAAAGAACAUUCAGUUCGACAAGGUCAAGGAUAUCGAGCUCACCAGCGUCAACCCCAACGGCCGCGUGCCGGCCAUUAUCGACCCCAACACCAACCUGACGCUGUGGGAGUCGGGUGCCAUCGCUGAAUACCUUGUUGAACAAUACGAUACGAAGCACCUCAUUUCCUACGACACCUUGAUCGAAAAGAACCAGACCCGCCAGUUCUCUCACUUCCAGGCGUCUGGCCACGGGCCACCGAACGGCCAAGCCGUGUGGUUCAUGAUGUACCACCCGGAGAAGGUGGCGUCGGUCAUCGAGCGGUUUCAGAACGAGACCGAACGCGUGGCCCGUGUUUUAGAUGGUAUCCUGGCCAAGAACGGGACCGGAUGGCUGGUCGGUGAUAAAUGCACUUAUGCCGAUCUGUCGUUUUACCUCUGGGGUCUGGCGAAAGACCUAGCUUGGCCGCAGAAAUGGGAUAACGCCGAGCUGCCGCAUUACACAGCCUGGAUGAAGAGCAUGGCAGAGCGCCCAGCGACGAAGAAGACCAUGGCGUUGCGUCAGGAGAAGUCCUGA